AUGAAGCUCGUCCACUGGCCUGUCCGACUGGUCCCCAAUGAAUGUUCUGAUCUCUUACCGGUCAAUCCCGACGGCAGUCGUGCAAUCGACCGCGACUGGGACAUGGCGAAGACAUGGGCUCAAAUGGAGGAUAUACUUGCUUCGGGCAAGGUCAAAGCCAUCGGAGUUUGCAACUGGUCCGUCCCAUAUCUUGAGAAACUGAAAAAGACAUGGCGGAUCAAACCUUCAGUCAAUCAAGUCGAACUCCACCCGCACCUUCCACAACAUGACCUUGUGGCAUGGUGCCAAAAGGAAGGGAUACUGGUGGAGGCGUAUUCACCCCUGGGAGGUUCAGGAGGUCCAAUCUUAUCAGACCCGGACAUCGCAAGUAUUGCCGAAAAGCACAAAGUCACGCCCGCAAACAUUUUAAUAUCCUACCACGUCAGCCGAGGAAUCGUGCCUCUUGUCAAAAGUACUUCCCCUUCACGACUGAAGUCGAACCUUCAGACAGUAAACCUGGACGAUGACGACCUGAAGAAGCUGAAUGAAUUGAGCGCGCAGCCCGGAAAGCACAAGCGCUAUAAUACGCCUCUCUUUGGCUGGGAUUUGGGCUUUGACGACUGGUAUGGGUCAUCAAAGAAAGAACACUAG